UACUUUAAAUUACAGCCAACGUAUAUCUGAAGAAAAUGAAAAUAGCUGAUAACCGCCCGUCUAACAGCUAGCCGACAAACCAUUCAUCUCUGACCCCGUGUCCAAUGAGUACUUCACGAGUUUCGUUUAUUUUGCUUACCUGUACAGUGUCUUUAGUCUUGUUUGUUUACAUGUGCGCGGUGGAACUCCAGUUGUUUACGCGUUGAAUAAAUCUAGUGGGGAAACUGUGCUUCGAUGACACCGUAAUGGAUAAUAUUAUCGAUGCUCAUUACUUUCUACUCCCUUCGCAGGGAAACAUAUAUUCUCUUUCUAAAUUGUGUAUGUGCAAUGGCAAUAACAAAAUAUUGGCAGCUUCACUCCGAAGAAAAAUAUUUUCGUUUGAGUACAUGUGCUCUGACGGUGCUCUAAUACCUGCUGUAAGAGAAGUUGUAUUCACUUACAUACCAAGUGGAGCAGAAAUCAUAUCUAUAGAUUCAUUCAACAAGAGCACAUCAGGUGAUGAUUUUGUUAUAGGAAUAACAAUUAUAAAGGCAAGCAGUGAAAGCAAUACUGAAACAUAUCUAAAUAUUUAUUCUGAAUGGGAGCCUAACUCAGAAUUCAACCUAGAGAGUGUUGCUCAAAACUGUUUAAUGUUGGAGCUGGAUUUUAUACCAUAUCAACUGUAUCAUUCGUAUAUCCUGGUAAAUGAAAAUAAUGAGAACACUAAAGAGGUUGUAUGGUUAUUAUCUGGAAGUGAUAACAAGAUUCAUGUGUUUCGAGAGGACAGAGUAAACCACUGCUACAGUCAAGUUGAAGUAGAUACCUAUUUUCCUGAAUUUUCAGACAUUCCAAGUGUGGUAAUGUGGAUGGAUAUUCGGUAUAAUGAAGAACACACACAACGAUUAACAGCAUAUGGUUGUGAAUGUGGUUACAUGAAGUUAUCAGUUGUUGAUCCACAAAAUAGAGAAGUUAUAACUAGUUGGAGUGCUCGUUUUGCAGGAUCAGUGUCUUCUGUCCGUAUGUUUGAUAGAUAUUCAAGUGUUCAGUGUCCAUCAUUUCUUGGAAAAGAGGAGGAUAAGCUUGCAGAAGAUUCACAAGUUAAUCUGCUUGUAACUAGCACUUUGCAGCCUUCGGUUGUAUAUAUGAAUGUAGCUCAGAAUGGUUUGAACUGUAGCCAUUCACUACCAUCAAGUGAAGAGUUUGAUGCUGUCCUCUGUUCAUGCAUUGCUGACAUUGACAUGGAUGGAGAGCAGGAAAUAUUACUUGGGACAUACGGACAGGAAAUGCUUAUGUACAAGUACAAAUCUGAUUCUUGGGUAUUAUCUGGCAAACGCACAUUUGCAAAUCCUAUUCAUUCAGUGCUGUAUGUUGAUGUGACAGGUGAUGGUGUUAAAGAAUUAGUUGUUCUCUCUCUGAGGGGUGUACACAUAUUACAGCAUGAUCCAGAUAUCAUAAAUGAGAAACUGCUGAGAGGAUACCAGGAAAUAAGUAAUCAUGAUGAAAGUGACAGAGGCAGUGCUGUGACAAGUUAGAUCCUAAUAUUCCAGUUAACAAACCAGUGGGUGGUGCAUCUGUAAAAGCUUCUCUACAUUAUACGCAUAGACUAAACAAAAGUACAGUUUUUGAGUUUGGUGCAUGAAGAAAUAAUCAUUCAAGCUAAUGAGAGGAAUGUAAAUUAUUUGAAUUAUUAAUUUAAGUAGGUGAAGCAAAAGUGAGUCUUAUCAUGAUUGCUCAGCCAUUUUCUACAUGAAAAUGCAUUCCUGAUGGGCAGGAAGCACAUAC